AUGGCUGCAAAGACAACUUUUGGGAACGUGGCUCAAGGAGAACGAACGGGCUCAUAUCGGUCGAUACCUGAUGGAAGCACCUCAAAUAUUCACAUAUUAGCCAUUGACUAUCGAGGGUUUGGUCGCUCGACUGGCUUCCCCACCGAAGAGGGUCUCAUUACUGAUGGCAUUGCGGCAGCCGAUUGGGCUAUGACGGUCGCCAAAGUUCCAUCUUCCCGAAUUGUUGUCCUAGGACAGAGUUUAGGAACAGCAGUUGCAUGUGGAGUGGUAGAACAUUUUGCAUUGCAAGGGAUCGAAUUUGCAGGUGUUGUGCUUGUAGCUGGCUUCACAGAUGUUUCAAACUUACUCACCAGUUACUCUAUUGCGGGUUGGAUCCCAUUACUCUCACCAUUGCGACCAUAUCCCGCGUUACAAAAACUCUUCAUUAGCUAUCUAAAUGACAAAUGGCCUUCUACCUCACGACUUACAAAUUUUGUCCACAUCAGCAAGCGGGUACGACUAUUCAUAAUUCAUGCUUUGGAUGAUUACGAGAUCCCAUGGUAUCAUUCCCAAGAGCUAUUCGCGGCAGCGGCGAAUGGUACUAUGGAUAGUGGAAUAGAUAUGGAGUUAUUAGAGAAGAUGAAAGCGCGAAAUACAAUUGAUAUGGGUGAUGGAGCUUUCAUUUCGACCUGGAAGACUGGAAAUGAUAAAAUUAUUCGACAAGAAGUUGUUGGUCAUGGCGUUCUAACAUAUGCGCCUCUGUCUUUAGCAGUGUUUAAGGCAUUUGGUUUUGACAACGGAGGGGUACUACCAUGA